AUGUAUUUUCUACCCUCUACAGUGAGCGAUGAGUGGAAGCAGGUCGCGACUCACGAGAAUGGCCUACCCUACAACCCACUGGGCUCGCCCAUGUUCGUGGCACCACGUCCGACCGACCAACAUGCCAUCAACCUCAUGUGCAGCUUCAUCCAGGAAAAACCUUUGCUGCCGAAUGUCGAACAUGACGAUGAGGACGUGACCACGCCCAACUGGGAUCGUCUGUACGCUGACCGCUCCGAGGACGUGAACGAGUGUUGUGAGAAGGAAGGAGAUGAGCAGGAGCUGUGCAUUGAGAAGCUCCGUCAGAAGAACGUUGACCAGUACUGUUACUUCUGGGCCCACUCCAUGGAAGACGCCCUGGGCCUGCACGAGCCUUGCUGUGAGGAGGCCGGAGAAGCACGCGUCCAGUGCAUAGACCAGGCUCGCUACGGCUUCGACAGCGAUAUCCAUGAGACAGACAGGACUAUUGAGAUGAUGCACGUUCCCUUGAUGCAAACGCUCAAACGGCUGUCUAAGCAGGGCAUUUCGAGGCCUGCUCCGUUCGACCACAAGUUCUGCACUUGGGCAAAGCAGCAGCCUGACCUGACGACUCCUUUCGACGAGGCCACCCUCCAGAGGAUGGACCCGAUACAGAAGAACAGUGAGGCUACCCGCACACUCACCAGCUGCUGUUACAUCAGCGACGAUGAGCCCACCAUCGACCAGUGCAUGAGCAGCGUGAGGGAGAAGGUGCUGGACGAGCUGUGUUGGGAGCAGGAAGUCGUGGAAACUGGCUUGCCUCUCAUUGAUGCCUCAGUCGUCAGUGAGUUCCCGGCCGGCCUGAAUACCAUCAUGUCUUACAAGGACGACAUCCCGGCCCAUCCCUGUUGCCACAAGAGCCACACCAACCGUUACUCCUGCUUCUCCCAGGAGUGGUUUGGGUUUGAGGCCCACAGGGACACGUACGACCACACUGCCGAGAUUGCUCAGUACAAGGAGAAGUUUGCCCAGUUGGAAUCCAAGAUUGUUGCACUUGCCCAAGAGAUGGGCCAGACGGAGAUCUGUGAAUUCUGUAAGAGGACCGUCUUCGAUGUGUAUGGUAUGCUGAGAAAGAAUGCCACCGAGGAAGACAUCAUUGAAUAUUUGAACCAAAAGUGUAGCCAAUUACCCAGCGGUCUCCGUGGCCAGUGCACAACAAUUGUGAAGGAGUCCGGAUCUGACAUAAUUAAGAUGCUGAUGGAUGGUGUUCACCCCGACUUCAUCUGUGAGGAAAUCAAGCUGUGUGUCAGCUCCAACGCUGCUAGGCUUGCGAAGGGUGGACAUAGCAAGCGUGCCUGUGACAAGUGGUAUGGAGGUACAGUUCUGCCCUAGUAGGCUCCCAAUGGACGCAGAACGACGCGGGGUGCAGUGGCGACUGUUACUGGACUGAGAAAACUAAGGAGAGAACCACGUGACCUUAACUGCAAUGUUUGUCAUAACCUCCUUAACAUAACAUAACCCAAGUGGCAUGAUUUACCUUCAACUGAAAGGGACUAAUUUUCUUGUUUAGGAAUGAUGCAAAUACAAGACGAUAUGUAUAGUUUACCUGAUACGACAAAUUCAUUCUACAUUUCUUGUUGGGUAACUAUUUCUACAUUUAUGUUUGGAACAACUGCGUAACAUGGCACUUGUUAGGAACGAAAUGUAGCGCAUCUUAGAUAACUACUUUUUACUUGCACUUUCUUUAUGAAUCACAAUAUUAUUAUGUAUUCAAAUAACUGCUUUGUAGUGACGAGAAAGUCUGUAUGAUAACAUAGCACUAGAACUGUAGAUAAUCACUUACUAAUAAACCUCAUACCUCCAUGAAA